CGUCCAGGAAUCUUAUCAGCUGGUGGUUUCCUCGUUCACAUUACUUUUUCCAAUGGCUUGACUUUCAUCGAAGUUGCUUUAUCACAUUUCUUCCUCAUUUGUGGGGCUGUACAGUUUUACAAUAAAUAUAGUUAAACUUUCAAUAACACACUCGCCCUCCUAGCUUGUUUCUCUUCUCCACAUUUUUAUUACUCUAACGCACUGUCCUUGUCUCCCCUCUGCCACUAGAAAAUAGUUUGCAAAACUCAAUGUUGGAAAAAGUAGAAGGAAAAUCUUUUGCAUUUUUUAUAAUCCAUUUGUAUCAAUAAUUCCAAGUACUAGUAGUAUUCCUUCCCUCUUCCCUAUGACUUUGCAGCUAUAGAGUGCGAUGGUUGAUAUGGAAAUGAACGCAACGACAUCUGGAGAAGACACAAUAAUAGGUAUCAACAUGGUGGCACAAGCAGACGAAAUACCGAGCGGCACCAUGGAUCCUCAAUUGUACAGAGCACUAACAAUUGGGGAUCCCAAUUAUGGGUUACUAUUAGUACAAUCAAACAUUUCUUCCAUUCAGCAGCAACUGAGCCCCCAAGGGAACACGGUUCUUCACCUAGCCGCUAGUUUAGGCCAUCACCACCUUGUGGAACCCAUCCUCGUGGACUAUCCAGAGCUGUUCAGGGCUACAAAUUCGACAGGCGACAUUCCCCUUCAUUUGGCUGCAGCUUCCGGGAAUCUAUCUACAGUCAACUCUCUGCUUCGUCAAGCCAAACAGCUCCGAAUUUUUCGUCCUGAGGCCCUCGUGGAUGGAAAUUCGGAGAAGAAUACUGCAUUACAUGCGGCCAUGAAAUAUCAUCACUACGAUUCGGCUAUGGUCUUAGUUAAGGAGAGCCCACAAGCGUCCACACUUCCAAAUGGCAAAAAAAUGUCCCCCCUGUUUAUGGCUGCCGAAGCAGGGCAACUGGAGCUUGUUAAGGCUAUGAUGCAAAAUGGAUCAGUUGACAUACAAACUGUGGAAGGCGAGUCAGUUGUGCACGCUGCCAUCAAAGCAAGAAACUUGGUACCAGAUGUCCUAAAGGCUUUGUUGGAGCGACAAUCAACAUACUUUUGUGUAUACGAUGAAAAAGGGAGGUCUCCUCUAUCUUAUGCAUCAUCAAUAGGUUACAUUGAAGGCGUUUGCUACUUCUUGGGCAGAAGUGGUUAUGAAGCUGCUACAUACAGAAGAGACCGGGACGAAGAUGGCUCAUUUCCCAUUCACUGGGCAUCCAAGAGAGGCCAUGUCAAUAUUAUACAAGAGUUUCUCAAACUUCGGCCUGAUUCGAAGGAGUUGCUGGACUAUAACGGUCAGAAUAUUCUUCACGUGGCUGCCAUGAAUGGGAGAGUCGAUGUAGUCUCUUAUGUGCUUAAGAAGCCCGAGCUUGCAGUGCUCAUCAAUCAAAUAGAUAUGGAAAAGGGAAACACUCCAUUGCAUUUGGCCAGCAAAGGGGAGCAAGCUCGGGUUGUGCAUAUCCUGACGUGGGACAAGAGAGUUAACUUGGAGAUCAGAAAUGAUAAAGGCUUAACUGCUCUAGAUGUUGCAGCCAAGCAUGGAUAUUGGACACCCACAUUUCAAAAGCGGUUGACAUGGCUAGCCCUGAGAUAUGCUGGUGCGACACAAACACAUCAGCGGAACACUAGUGAAGUUGGAGAAAAUUUCUAUUACAGUGAGAGGGUCAACACUCUUUUGUUGGUGGCGACACUAAUAGCCACCGUGACCUUUGCGGCUGGUUUUACCAUGCCAGGUAGGUACAACAGUUCGGAUGAUCAUCCAUACAAAGGCAUGGCAACGCUGGUUAAAAAGCGUAUGUUUCAUAUUUUCGUGUUAAGCAACACCAUUGCUAUGUAUACUUCCAUUAUCGUAGCCAUUCUUCUCAUUUGGGCAAUGCUGCAUGAUCUACAUUUGAGCCUUUGUUCCAUCAAAUUGGCAAUUCCAUUGUUGGGAAUCUCUCUUUCAAUGGUCUCCUUGGCAUUCAUGGCAGCCAUUUCUCUGGUAGUGAGUGACGUAACUUGGCUCGCCACUGUUGUGCUAAUCAUAGGUUCAGUCUCCCUCCUCUGUCUUUGGAUAGUAUUUCUUCCACUUUCCUUCCCCAAUUCCUUGACACAUCGUGUCUCUCGAUACAUCCUCCGCUAUCCACUUCAUCUUUUGAUAUUAGCAACUGAAAAAAAGAAAAAGUGAAGAUGAUGAUGCAGAUCAGAAAUUUCCAACUUUUAAUUUGAAUGCUGUUUGCUUUGUAGUAGCGUUUUCUAAAAAUAAAAAACACUUCUAAAAUUAUUAUAUAUGAGCAUAUAGCUAGUCAGAGCUUGGAUUUUGUAUUCUGUACUUGCUUCAGUUUUUCAAAUAAGUGGUUUGCUGGUUUGUUGGUUUGUU